CAAUAAGUCAUUUCUACGUUUUGUCGAAAGUUUCGAUGCUUUUUCUGUAUUUUUAACUUGGCGCCAAACCAAGUUAUAUUACCAUUUUAUUAAAGGUUAACUGUUUUGUGCUAGCAUUUUUAAUCAAAAAGUUGAAAAAAAAACAAUAAGUAACCAAUUUGUUGACGGAAGUAAAUGUUUUAAUGAGCGUGAUAGAAAAAUGUGAUUUAACUUGUGUAUUGCUAUUUUUAGCAACGCCACAAAAAACUCUCCCAGACACAAUUCUCCCUCUCUCUGUCUCUCUCUCUCCCUCUCUGAUAUUUGUUCUCUGUAUACAGAAAUCAAAUCUAAAAUGCAUUUGAUUAGAAUCUUAUCUCGCAUUUGGUCAGCGUCAUGUUGAAAGCGCGUCUGGAACACGACGCAGUCUACGGCCGUUGUCUGGCCACAUCGGAGGCAGUGCAGCGAGGUGACAUUGUUGUGGAGGAAUUUCCCUUUGCCUACGGUCCCAAACGAGAUAGCGGCAUUGUGUGUCUGGACUGUUAUCGAUAUCUGCAAUUUGGUGAGGAUGGCGAUGGGGAUGGCGAUCGCUGCGAGAUCUGUGACUGGCCGCUGUGCGGAAACUGUGCCGACGACGGCCAUCAGGGUGAUCAUCGAGGAGAAUGUGAGGUUUUUGCAACGGCACGUGUCACAUUUGCCGGCAACGUCAGCGAGGAUGGCGUCUGUCCGCAAUUGGAUUGCAUAACACCAUUGAGAGUGCUUUUAGCCAAGGAGUCGCAGCCGGAGCGCUGGCUCAACGAGGUGGCCCCGAUGGAGCAUCACGAGCAGGCGCGUCGGGAGAACGCAGAUGUCUGGCAUGCGGAUCGGGUGAACAUAGCUCAAUAUCUGCGUGGUCCCUGCAAGCUGGGUGAUCGAUUCAGCGAGGAGCUCAUCAUGCAGGUGGUGGGCGUGCUGGAGGUGAACGCUUUUGAGGCACGCACCAGACAGGGAUAUCCAAUACGUUGUCUGUAUCCCUACACGGGCAUCCUGGCGCACAAUUGUGUGCCCAAUACGGCGAGGAGCAUUCAUCCCAGCGAGGGCUACAAAAUCCGCUUGCGUGCAAUGGUAGAUUUGGAGGCGGAUCAACAGCUGCAACACAGCUACACUUACACCUUGGAUGGCACCACUCAGCGGCAGACACAUCUGCGAGAGGGCAAAUACUUUGAUUGCAGCUGCGAGCGUUGUCUGGAUGCCAGCGAACUGGAGACGCACUUCUCCAGCUUGAAGUGUGGUCAGUGCACGGAGGGUUGGCUGAUGGCCAAGCAGCCAACGGUUGUGGACAGCAGCUGGAACUGUUGUUCCUGUGGUAACAGCAUGAGCAGCGGAGAAGUGCGUCAAAUUGUCAGCGCACUCCAAGCGGAAGUAAAUGCUGCUCAAUCUCUGGAAAUGGGCUCAAAGCGGCUGGAGGAAGCGGAGCGUCUGCUGCGCAAAUAUAAAUCUCUGUUGCAUCCAUCACAUUAUAUUUGCACUGGGUUGAGGCAGUUGCUCAUCGAGAUGUAUGGACGUGUGAAGGGCUAUGAGAUGGUACAGCUCACAGAUCAUUUGCUGGAGCGCAAGGCGGAACUCUGCAGAGAAGUUCUACGGAUUCUGAACGUAUUUGAGCCGGGUUUAAGUCGAACGCGUGCCAUGAAUCUCUACGAGCUCCAUGUGCCUCUUGUGCUGCUGGCAAAAAGUGGCUUCAUAGCCAGCCGGCUCAAUGGCGGCGAGCUACGAGGGCGUCUCGUGGAGGCCAUUGAUCUGCUCAAGGAGUGUGUGGAGAUACUGCAAAACGAGGAUCACAGCUCGCAGGAGGGGAUUCUAUGUGGUGUGGCCAAACAGGCGCUGCAACAGCUUACAGUUAGCGUCGAGGGAUUGGGAAACGAUCUGGAUUAAUGUAUGAGUAUGAGAAUAAUGCAUAACCAAUCAAUUUGUACUUAAUCAUAUGUGUAUCGUUAGCUUUAUUGAAAACUAUACAUAUAUCUAUGUUGUUGAGGAUACGACUUAGUGGCUUCUUGAGACCAUCGAGAGAGUUGCCUGUUCAAUAGAAACAAUUCGCUUAAAUCUCAAUUUGGAUUCUCGGUUUUACAUAAUUGCAUAUUAAGGCUUUUGUUUGUGACACUGCUGGAAUGACACACAAUUUGGAUACUUAGAAAAAGAGUUGACAUUGCUUUUGUAGAUUUAUCUCAUUUUUGUUAUUGUAAAUUGAGUUCUUAUAAAUACAUAAAUUAAU